CUCAUUUUUCCAUCUCCCAGACCCAAACCUAGCAGCACCUCUUCUUCGAUGCUCUUCCACCCUCGUUGGUCUUCCAUAUCGGUCUACAAACCAACAACCAAAGCCGGGUCAAGUCAAGUUCUUCAAGGAAAUAGAAAUUGAAGCGUAGAGAUGAGAGAAGACAGUACGAAGAGAGAGAAAGUAGAUCUGGUUUCUCAAUUCUCUAUCUUCUACCUCCGAGCAUCAUCCGGCGACAUCGCCACUACCAAUGGACUCUUCGGCCUCCAAUUAGUUGACCCAGGCUGCGUCAUCCAACGAUAUCAAAAGUCAGCACCACAUGCUUCCGACUGCGAGUCCGGAUCUACACCCAGCAGAGAUCACAGAAUCGGGAGCGAUUUGGGGAUUUAGGGUUUCGAAAUCGAAAGAGUCGUCGUUUUCGAAAUGGCUUUGGGCAAGGUGAAGGAGCUCGUCUCGUCCAAUCCGGUAGUCAUCUUCAGGUUCUCUCUACCUCUUCAUCUUCUUAUGUGUGUCUAUAUAUAUAGAAUUGUUGAUCGUUUUGAACCAAUUUGGAAAUUUGACAAUAAGAUUUUGUUUCGCAGCAACAAGCUUUGUCCUCACUGUGUUUGCGUGAAGCAGCUCUUCGUUCUAAAAUUGGGAGUCCAGUACAAGGCCAUUGAAUUGGACCAAGAGAUGUCUGUCUAUAUGCUUCAAACUAAGUUGACAAAACAUGUUUGUGGCAUAUGCAAGAAGUGGAAUCAGCCUGACAAUGGAAGUUGGGUGAGAAACCUAUAAGUUAUGCUAGGGUUGUAAAAAUUAUAGUAUUUUGUCUUUGUUCAGGCUCUUUUAUAUGUUCCUAUUUGUUUAUUGAAUGGUUUGAUGAGGAUAACUGCCUAUUUGUUCUUAGGUUGUUGAAGGCCCUUGUGACUCUGUGCCUAUUG